AGCAAAAAAGCAUAGUUUCUUCAAAUAAAAGUUGUUUAGUAGGAGCCGCCGAUGGGUACCUAAGCAGUCAAAUUAUAUUCCCCUAAUUUCUUCUCAACAUCCACUUCUGUAUGUAGAUUAAAGUAUGGGAUUCAUUUUCUAUUAAGAAAAGCGAACCACAAUUCGAAUCCCAAUCUACCCUCCUCAAAUUCCUCUGAUUACCUUGAAAUCUUCCCAUUUCUCGAAUUCCAGAGAGGGAAAGUGAGGUUUUCUUUGUGGGUUUUGGGAAAAUGGUGGCAUGCUUUUAGAGGGCUUGUUUGGGAAGUCAUAAAAGUUUGAAAUCCCCAAACCCGAUAAGAAAUAUCAAUCUUUUCGUUGAAAUUUUUGUGGGUUUUGUGUUGAUGGAGGUAUAUUACAAAGGGUGAAAGGGUUUGUUCGGAUGUUGAGAAUUUUCUACAAAUCCAAUUGAAGAUCCAUCGUUUUCGAAAGGAAGUGUUUAGAGAUUUUGUGGGAUUUAUCUAUGCUCUACAGUGAGAAAAUUUCCAAGAUUUUCACAUUUGGAUUGAAUAUAAAUUUAGAGGAUUGAAUUUUUGUGGGUGGAAGCAUGAAGAUGUUGUGUAGGAUGAUUCCUAGAAAAAAGAAGACAGGGACUGUUCCUGUAUAUUUGAAUGUAUAUGAUCUCACUCCCAUCAAUGGUUAUGCUUAUUGGGUUGGCCUUGGUGUUUAUCACUCUGGUGUUCAAGUUCAUGGUGUAGAAUAUGCAUUUGGUGCGCAUGAACAUUCGACAACAGGGAUAUUUGAAGUGGAGCCAAGAAAAUGCCCUGGCUUUACAUUCAGGAAAUCAAUCUUGAUAGGGAGAACGGAUUUUGGUCCAAGAGAGGUUCGUGCAUUCAUUGAAAAAUUGGCAGCAGAGUACUCAGGAAACAGUUAUAAUCUCAUAACCAGAAACUGUAAUCACUUCUGCAAUGAUAUGUGUCUAAGGUUAACCAAAAGGCCAAUUCCUAGUUGGGUCAACCGAUUGGCUCGCCUUGGUUUUUUUUGCAACUGUGUUCUUCCUGCCGGUCUAAACGAGACAAAAGUGAGACAAAUUAGAGCAGAAGACGGUUCAAACACCGAGAAGAAGCUAAGAAGCCAUUCAAGCAGGUUUGCAUCAGCAUCUAAACCUCAACCUCCGUUAACCGCUCGUUCUUCAAGUUCGUCAUCAAGAAAAAACCCAUCUUCAACAAUUAGAAAGUGUAACGAUAAUUAGUUGGUUGGUAUUAGCAUCGACUGCUGGAAAUUAUGGCGUGUUUUUGCUACUGUAAGGUGUUUGAUUGCCCUGUUUCUUGACUGGAUGAUCAAUAAUGCUGGCAUUAUUAUUAUUAUUAUU